AACGACAAAUUAAUUAAACUUCUCCAAAACUCUUUUCCUCUAAAAAAUCUCCCAAAUACAGAAAAAAAAACAAAGUCAGUAAGAAAAAUGGAAGAGAGAAAAGGGAGGAGAAUAAUCAUGUUCCCUCUUCCAUUUCCAGGGCACUUCAACCCCAUGAUCGAGCUCGCUGGAAUAUUCCACCACCGUGGCUUCUCCGUGACGAUCCUCCACACUUCCUACAACUUCCCCGAUCCUUCUCGCCACCCACACUUCACUUUUCGAACCAUCUCUCACAACAAAGAAGGAGAAGAAGAUCCUCUGUCUCAGUCAGAAACUUCGAGUAUGGACCUAAUCGUUCUCGUUCGUCGGCUGAAACAACGCUACGCCGAACCGUUUCGUAAGUCUGUGGCGGCGGAAGUAGGUGGAGGAGAGACGGUGUGUUGUUUGGUCUCCGACGCUAUAUGGGGGAAGAACACGGAGGUUGUAGCGGAAGAGAUUGGAGUUCGUAGGGUGGUGUUGAGGACAGGUGGUGCGUCGUCGUUUUGUGCUUUUGCCGCUUUCCCUCUCCUUAGGGAUAAGGGUUACCUCCCUAUACAAGAUUCUAGAUUAGAUGAGCCAGUGACAGAGCUUCCACCUUUGAAAGUGAAGGAUCUUCCGGUAAUGGAAACGAAUGAGCCGGAGGAACUUUACCGGGUAGUUAACGACAUGGUGGAAGGAGCCAAGUCUUCUUCAGGAGUCAUAUGGAACACAUUUGAAGAUCUUGAAAGACUAUCACUUAUGAAUUGUAGCAGCAAAUUACAAGUUCCAUUUUUCCCGAUCGGACCGUUUCACAAAUAUAGCGAAGAUCCUACACCGAAGACAGAGAACAAGGAAGAUACCGAUUGGCUCGACAAGCAAGACCCACAGUCGGUGGUCUAUGCGAGUUUCGGAAGCCUUGCAGCUAUAGAAGAGAAGGAGUUUCUCGAGAUUGCUUGGGGUCUAAGAAACAGUGAACGACCGUUUUUGUGGGUGGUUAGGCCGGGGUCUGUCAGGGGGACCGAGUGGCUCGAGUCAUUGCCUUUAGGGUUUAUGGAAAACAUUGGAGAUAAGGGAAAAAUCGUGAAAUGGGCGAAUCAGUUAGAGGUAUUGGCGCAUCCUGCCAUUGGAGCGUUUUGGACACAUUGUGGAUGGAACUCGACACUAGAGAGCAUAUGUGAAGGUGUUCCUAUGAUAUGUACGUCAUGUUUCACGGACCAGCAUGUGAACGCGAGAUACAUCGUUGAUGUAUGGCGAGUCGGGAUGUUGUUAGAGAGAAGUAAGAUGGAAAAGAAGGAGAUUGAAAAGGUGCUAAGAAGUGUAAUGAUGGAGAAGGGAGAUGGAUUGAGGGAAAGGAGUUUGAAGUUGAAAGAGAGAGCUGAUUUUUGCUUAAGUAAAGAUGGGUCUUCUUCCAAGUAUUUAGACAAACUUGUGAGUCAUGUCCUGUCUUUUGAUUCUUAUGCUUUUGCAAGUUAAGAAAACUUAUGAAUGAGUAACGUAUUCUAAGCACUCUCCAAAAGUUCCAAAACCAUUGGAUGUUUUGUUUCUUCAAAUAAUAAUGUUCUUGAGUUAAUUGUUUUUUUUCAGAUUAAAGUCAAAAUUUAUUGAAUUUUAUUUUACGAAUUUAC